AUGUGUCAAUAUUUUGGCUUGACCUGCGGUGGUUACAAGAAGGAUAUCUUUUUUGAUUUUGAGACUUCCCCAGGGAACCACGGAGUGCGCUUUCGGCGCCCGUUGCUCACUGUGAAAGAAAGAGAGCGCAUGAGUCAGUGGCUGGUAUCAAGUGCUCCCCCAAAGACGACUCUGAGAAUACUAUCACGCAUCGAAGAUGAAUGUGAAAGAGCCGAUGUGACCGACGAUAUCGAGAUUCAUCAGGGCCCAUUUGGGGCUUUCAGAUUCAACCCAAUCCAAAACGAGCCCUCCCUUGAACCGGCGGGUGAUGUUCAAGAUAUAGACUCAAGCUCUCCGGAAGAUGUGGUUGGAACUGGGAAUCCAUACCAGGUUCAUCCGCACGUACCUCUUUCGCCUUGGUCCCAAGGCAUGAUGCAAUUAAUGUUCGAUCAGCCAGAGGAUGUUCCAACUCCGCCUUCGCCAGGAUUUCUAGAUGCCAUGAUGAUCCCAAAUGGUGUUGGAAGUGAUAUGGAUACCCCAGAAUGCUUGGCGACGUUCGUGCCAGACCCCUACUACAAUAAUCCCGUCUCACCCACUUCACUUGCCUCCUCUAUGGGUACCACGAAAGCCGUGCCACAAGAUGCAGUCUUCCUGCUCAAGCACUAUGCCUCGGCCGUGAUCAGUCUGAUGACACCAUUUCGCCAUUCAAAGACUCCAUGGCACGUCCUAUUCAUCCCUCACACCAAAUCCUGCCUUGCUGCUCUGGCACUAGGGGAUGAUAUGAGUGAUGCGAGUCUUUGUGUAUUCUACGGGACUCUAGCAAUCAGUGCAUUCAGUCUUGGUGGAGUCUCGAAGUCCCAAACGUGGAGCGAGAAAGCCGUCAUGUUCAAUCAACAAGCCCAACAAUAUGCAAGAUCAAUGCUGAUGACUGCAUAUAAUAUCCCGAAAGUAGCGAAAUACAAGUCAAUAUUGAUGGCGCUGCUUACCAUGGUGCAAGUGACCAUGUUCUCUGGCAACAGAAGCCACUCUGAAUAUUAUUUCUUGGAAGCAGAGAAGUUCAUCCGAAUGAGAGGUCUGAAACGCAAGAAGUCUCGAAAGGUGAGAUUACUUCACCACUGUUAUGUGUUCGAGCGGAUUAUCCACGAGAGUGUGUUUAUCUGUGGCGCCAACUCGGGACAGCGCCAUCAUGUCCGAACGGCUGUCGAGUCAAGCGGACUUGGCAGAUACAGUCUUGACAGUCUAUCUUUCAGGCUGUCGGGAUGGAAGAACCUACACCAAGAAAUGAUGAGAGUACGAGGACAAGAAGAAGGAGAGAAUGAUCUGCAUCUCGAAAGACCAGGGUUCUGGUCGAACACACUCUACCCAGAGAUCUUCGGCAUUCCUGAACCAUGGGUAUUUCUCCUAUCUCAGAUCAUUCGACUUGGAAAAGAGAAAGAUGCCGCCGAAGAAGAAGACGCGACACAUUGUCUAAGCUUGAAAGACUUCAUUGCACGAGCAAAGACUCUCGAGGAAUACAUCAACCACCUGCAACCACCAAGCCUGGAGAUCACACAUUCCCAACUGGACCGAGACAUCAUACAGAACAUGCUUGAUGCCAUGAAAAAUGCAUUAGCAAUAUACUUCUACCGUCGAAUUCACGACGUCGAUGCAUCAAUGCUACAGCCAAAGGUUGUUGCUGUAUUGGAGUGCUUAUUGCGCUGCGAGAGUACAGACUCAACAGUGGUACAUGGUUCUGCUGGGUUUAUAUGGCCUGCAUUCAUUGCAGCCUGUGAGGCCGAAGAGUCCUCCAUACAGGCCGCUUUUACGGAUUGGUUUGACAACUCGGCAUCUCGGAGUGGCUUGUCCUGCUUCCGGCAGACAUUGGCGGAUAUCCAGAAGAUUUGGCAGGAGAAGUGCUGCGCUGGGAAGAGUGUAACUUGGCUGGAUCUCAUGAAGAGAACUAUGCCGUUACAGCAGCAAUUUUGA